UUCAGAGCUCUACUUCUUUUUAGCCUGCACUUACUUCGAGGAUUUUUCAAAACUCUAAGCCCUCGAGCACCUAAACUAUUGCUUCAAUGGCGCCAGACCACAUGCUCCAAACACCAUGUUGCCUUCUCCAUUCUUCUUCUCAAACCCUAAUAACAACAACACUGAACAAACUGCUGCAUCUCUGUCUGGUGCCGUUUUAGUCGACCAUGGUGGAAAAUUCGGCUGCAGUUGCAGUUAGGCUGUUAUUGUUCUGUGCUUUUCCUCUGGUUAUUCAUGGCAUGGAUCCUCUGCUAUCUCCCAAGGGUGUCAAUUAUGAAGUGGCGGCUCUGAUGGGUGUGAAGAGCGGAAUGAAAGAUGAAUUUCAUGUAUUUGAAGGGUGGGAUAUUAACUCUGUUGAUCCUUGCACUUGGGCUAUGAUUGGCUGCUCUCCAGAGGGUUUUGUGAUAGCACUAGAGAUGCCUAGCAAAAGCUUGUCCGGUUACCUUUCCCCUAUCAUUGGGAAUUUGAGUCAACUUCAAACAUUGUUAUUGCAAGACAACAAUCUGGCAGGUCCUAUUCCAGUUGAACUAGGAAGACUUACAAAGCUUCAGACUUUAGACCUCUCUGUCAACCAAUUUGUUGGUGAAAUACCAAGUUCUUUGGGCUUUCUAAUGAACCUUAAUUACUUGAGACUUACCAAAAAUGGACUAUCUGGACCAAUUCCAGCACUCGUUGCCAACCUAUCAGGAAUUAUAUUCUUGGAUUUGUCAUUUAACAAUCUCAGUGGUCCUGCUCCAAGAAUACGUGCUAAAGAUUACAGUGUUGCAGGAAAUGGGUUUCUUUGUGCAUCAUCAUUCUUAAAAGGCUGCAUAGAUACUCCAAAGCCAAUAAUGCAGGCCGAGCCAUCUCGACACCCUUAUGAUCAUCGAGCAGUGAUUGCUAUUGCUGUAAGCCUUGGCUGCAUUUCUGCACUAUUGGUUUUCUUUCUAGUGUUUUUGUACUGGCAGCAUGCAUCCAAGCGACAUAUUCACUUUGCUUCCUAUGAGAAACAUGAAUGUGAGGUUGAUAUUGCGAAUUUGAAGAGAUUUUCAUAUCGGGAACUUCAAAUCGCUACUGAUAAUUUUAAUCCCAGGCGCAUCUUAGGCCAAGGAGGUUUUGGGGUGGUUUAUAAGGGUUUCCUACAAAAUGGGGCUGUGGUGGCUGUGAAAAGGUUGAAAGAUCCAAGUUUUACUGGGGAAGUCCAGUUUCAGACAGAAGUAGAAACCAUCAGCUUAGCUUUGCACCGUAACCUUCUUCGGUUAUAUGGAUUUUGUAUGACUUCAAAUGAAAGGUUGCUUGUAUACCCAUAUAUGUCAAAUGGCAGUGUGGCUGAUCGCUUAAGAGACAAUCUCUGCGACAAGCCAGCUUUGGAUUGGGAAAAACGAGUUCGAAUUGCUAUUGGGGCUGCUCGGGGCCUUCUGUACCUUCAUGAACAAUGUAAUCCUAAGAUCAUACACAGAGAUGUAAAAGCUGCCAACAUAUUGUUGGAUGAUAGUUUUGAAGCAGUUGUAGGUGAUUUCGGAUUGGCGAAGCUUUUAGACCGGAGGGACUCACAUGUCACUACUGCAGUGAGGGGCACGGUAGGACACAUUGCUCCAGAGUAUCUCUCUACAGGGCAGUCCUCUGAGAAAACUGAUGUUUUUGGAUUUGGAGUACUUCUUUUGGAGCUUAUAACAGGGCAAAAGGCAAUGGGUGCUGACCGUUCCCUUAAUCAUAAGGGCAUCCUUGACUGGGUGAGAUCUGCUUUUGAGGAGAAGAGACUGGAUCAGAUGGUGGAUAAGGAUCUCAGUGGCUACUUUGAUGGGUCAGAAAUAGAGUGCAUGGUGAUGGUGGCUCUGUUAUGCACUCAGUCUAAUCCCAACCUUCGACCAAAGAUGUCCGAAGUAGUCAAGAUGUUGGAAGGUGGCCCGGGCGCUACUGAACAUUUAGAGAGACCAGACAUCAGCUAUGAAAGAUGUCAUAGUUUUUCAAGAACUGGAGCUGAUGUUCUUGAUGGGUCUUCUUCCAUAAUUGAAGCUAUGGAGCUCUCUGGUCCACGAUGAGGUAAGAUGUUUUUCGUGUAAAGAAAACCAUAGAAGGUAGGCCUAUUUUAGAGCUCUGAAUUGGUUAGUGUCAAUAUGUUUUGAUUUUUCUCAAUUGGCAAAAGAGGUGAAGAUUGGUUCUGGUGCCUAUGAUCAUUUGAUCAAAUUUGGGUUUUCUCCAGAACUGGCGAGAUGUAAUUGUACAGCUCAUUUGACUUCAAAUUAAAUGGUUUAAACUAUGUAUCUUCUAGUUGGAGAAGGCAUUAUUUUACUUUA